AUGUCGCGCUCCUCAGCAGGUUUUGCGGACUUCUUCCCUACAGCUCCGUCAGUAAUCCAGCAAAAACGCUUCAAGGCCACUCGAGAGCGACACCGGUCAAAAGCCCAACCGGAGAAGGAGCAUCAUAGUGAAGAGUCCACAGACUCCUCCGGAUCCAAAGCGCCUGAAAAUUUAGCGAACGGCGAUAUCUCCUUGGGGUCAACACCAGGAACCGGCCUCACAAAAUCGCGCGCGGAGGUCACAGGAGAUGGAUCGGCGAGUCCUGGAGAAACGAGUACUCCAGCUGUUAAUUCAUCCGGAACUGGUACAGGCUAUUCAAAUGAAACACGCUUGGAUACACUCACUCCCCUUACAAAUGCAGAGUCGUCCCCACAUAACAAACUUAGCCCUUCCCAGACGAAGAUAGCUGAUGGGGUCAUCGAAGAAAAUAACCCUAAUCUAAAGUCUGGUGAAUCUAAGUCUGCCAUGACGCCGCUACAUACCCCUCCAACGCCACAAUCUCAAAGUCGAACCGUCAAGGGUUGCAAGCUGGUCUAUGACCCCGACACCGAAAAGCGAUCUUCAUCGAAAGAGAAGCGGAAGAAACCUUGCUACGUGGAUAUUAUCGCGAACGAUCAAGAUGAACCACCACUCGACCCCCGCUUGAGUAUAUCGAAUUAUUCGCGUGGUGCUGGCUGCAGGCAAAAAAAGAAAUAUCGGCCAGCACCCUAUGCGUUAAGACCUUGGCCCUACGAUGCAGCAACCACAGUGGGACCCGGCCCCCCCGUGCAAAUCGUCAUCACCGGUUUCGACCCUUUGACUCCUCUUGCCCCGAUCAAUGCGCUCUUCUCCAGCUUCGGCGAAAUAGCAGAGAUAAACAAUCGCACCGAUCCGAUCACCGGUAGGUUCCUUGGAAUUUGUUCGGUCAAGUACAAGGAUAGCGAGGCAUUCCACAGAGGUGGCCCCGUAUCUGCAGCAAGCGCUGCCAGGCGUGCUUUCUAUGAAUGCAAGAAGGAGCAACGUAUUGGUAACCAUCGCAUCAGGGUUGAGUUGGACCGUGAUGGUGUGAUUUCAGGGAAACUUGUAUCAAGGGCCAUCGAGUCUCAAAGAAUGGGGUCCAAAAACGCUUUACCAGUCGCAGAAGAACCGAAACCAGAUGUCCAGUCAAAAAAGAACGAGCCCCCACCGACAGCCCCCAAAGGUCCCUCGGGAAGAUCUUCGAUGCGCCCGGUCACCACGAUUCCUGACGGACCAAGAGCAAGCUUCUUCAAACCUACGAUACCUUCAUUAGUCGAGGAAACCUCCGUAUUGACCCAGAUGAAGCGAGAUCCUUAUAUCUUCAUCGCACAUUGUUACGUUCCUGUCCUUAGCACGACUGUGCCACAUUUGAAAAAGCGGCUCAAGUUGUUUAACUGGAAAGAUAUUCGAUGCGACAAGACCGGUUAUUAUAUCAUAUUUGAAAACUCUAGACGCGGUGAAGAGGAGACGGACCGAUGCUACAAAUUAUGCCAUAUGAAGCCUUUGUUCACGUAUAUCAUGAACAUGGAGAGUCAGCCCUACGGCAAUCCCCUAUACGAGCGCAGUCCAAGCCCCGAGCGAUUGAAACAAGAGCGGAGGGAAAGAGCCGAGAUAGAACGACUGAAAAGAGAGGCAGACCUGGACGUCGAGGAAGAGAAAAAGCAGCGGGCGUUGGAUUUGGAUCCAUGCAGGGAAGUACUGGCCAUCAUACUCAGGGAUUUGAAAGAUAAACUUCUCGAGGAUGUGAAGUCACGCAUCGCUGCACCGGCCCUGUAUGACUAUCUAGACCCAGAACGACAUGCGGAGAGAAGAAAGAAGCUGGGAAUCGCUGACCCAGAAGGAAUUAAGCGGCCAAUGUUUCGGAUUGACAUGGAUAGCCGAGAUGGCACGCCCGACUCAAAUAUGAAGCUGUCCAAUGGCCGCCAUCCAUUUGGUGCAUCUAGUCUCAAUAUUCUCGCGCUUCCGCGGAUCAGAAAGUCCCACCACCUCGAUCGUACAGAUGCUGUCUUCUUAGAUGAGAGACGCAAACAGCCCUUGCGAAGGAAAGAAGUCCGACCUCUUUAUCACCGCUUACAGCAAUUACAUGAUGUUGAAGAUUCGGAUGAUGAGCAACGCACUCUCUUUGCCAGAGACACGGACGAUCAGGACAGUCGUCCUCCAAGUCGAAUGAGCUCAGCAACAAUAGAGUCAGAAGAAGAAGAAGAUGAAUCCUCAUCUGAAAUAUUGGAGAGUUCAACAGAACAGCCAGCGGAUGAGAGUGAACUUGAAACUCGAGAGUUGAAGUCCGAUAACCGCGAGAUUUCUCCUUCGUCCCGUAAGAGAAAAAGAGUCAGUGACAAUCUCAAUCAAAGAAAGAGACAUAAAGAAGACGGCAGCUUGUCUGCUAUGGACGAAGAUGAUGAACAGGCUACUGGAUUGCCACUCUCUGUGGAAGCACUCGACAAGGAUCGCGUUAGCGAAAGGAUUCCUGAUUUAUCUGAAGACUUACCGCCUCGGGAUGGCAUGCAGCCAACAGGCGAGGAUGAAGACGCAAAAUCUGUACUCGUUGGGGAGCUCCAUACUGAAGAGGACCAUGACGACCUGAAACACCCACACAUCGAUACGGUCGAUGAUGGGACGAGAGCGGAGAUCGAGUGGAGAGUCUCCAGCGAUGAGCCCAGGCCAAUUGUCGAAGACGACGAUUCUAUCAUCAUGGAUCUUGACGGCUGGCAAAAUUUCGUAAAAGAUGAUGAGGAUCUCCAAUUCCUUCGUGAAAUCCUGACUGAGCAACCGAGGUCUAAAGUUGGUAACUUAUCUGCUUGGGCAUGGAGACAGAAAGAAAUCAAGGCGCUUAAUUUCCCUGGAGAUAUUGGACCUGCACGCGAAUUGGCCAGCAUUCAUGGCUACUAUGUCCCGAAUAUCACAGGCGCUGCCCGCACUGAGGGAAGGAAAAGGAUUCUUGAGUCGGAAAAAUCCAAAUAUUUACCGCACCGAAUCAAAGUCCAGAAAGCCCGCGAAGAACGCGAGGCAAAGGCCAAAAGCGAUCCGCAUAGUGUUGCCGCUGAGGCGGCUCGCAUUGCUGCGGCAAAGACAAUUUCCAAAUCAACUUCCAGAUCGACAAGAGUCAAUAACCGCAGGCUCAUUGCGGAUAUUAAUGCGCAAAAGCAAGCUCUUCCAACACAAAGUGGUGAUAGCGAUGCACUCAGAUUCAACCAAUUGAAGAAACGAAAGAAGCCCGUCCGCUUCGCGCGAUCAGCCAUCCACAAUUGGGGCCUCUAUGCUGAGGUCAACAUGUCCGCAAACGAGAUGAUCAUUGAAUACGUGGGAGAGAAGGUACGGCAACAAGUUGCCGACAUGAGAGAAAGACAAUACCUGAAGAGCGGCAUCGGAAGUAGUUAUCUCUUCCGCAUUGACGAAAACACCGUCAUCGAUGCUACAAAGAGGGGGGGUAUAGCUAGGUUCAUUAACCACAGUUGUACGCCUAACUGCACGGCCAAGAUUAUCAAAGUUGACGGUAGUAAGCGUAUUGUUAUAUAUGCAUUGAGGGACAUCGAAAGAGAUGAGGAGCUCACCUACGACUACAAGUUCGAGAGGGAGUGGGACAGUGAUGACCGAAUUCCAUGCCUUUGCGGCUCGACGGGUUGCAAGGGAUUCUUGAACUAA